UUUGGUAAAGUGUUUAGCAAACAAUUGAUUCUGAUAAUGCUCUCAAAAUCGAUUGUUUGCGUGAUGGACAUGUUCAUUUUCAUGAGUACUGUGACAUCCGAAACGUAUAAAAAUUAUGUUAAUUGAACGGUUGCACUAAUAUGUGGAACUGUAAAUCUGAACAAAAUGAGACAAAAUUUGAGGUAACUGGAGGCUCAUUUUUCCUCAGCAACCUUGCCGGGACAAUGGAAAUCAGCGGACAAAAAUCCCUGCCUUUCUUUCAGCUUUCGUCAUUCAUCAUUCAUCAUUCGUUGUGUUUACGCGUUGUGUUUGCAGUUUGCAGUUCUCAGAUUUCAACAAGAUUUUAUUUGCGAAUGAUUAAAUAAUUCCUCAACCAUGACCAAUUUCGACGGGGAACUGCUCUGCAGGACCUUCAAGGGUGCGUCGCACUGUUUCUGUCGUCUUUGCUGCGUGUUCGGCGGAGAUGAAGAGGUCCCAAGUUUCAUUCGACAAGUUGGAGAUAAAUUGUGGAAACCGUUCGCAAUUCUGCCAAAUAUUGAAGGUCAAAAGUUUACUAUUGGAGAGACUUUCGCCAGUCGAGAAGAACAUGGAGAAUUCAUCUUCUGGAAACGUCCCAUGAAGGAAAAAUUGAAUAUUACGACGGGUGGAAACUUGCCGAUUUGUGAGAUUACCUGCGCUGAAAAUAAGUACUGGGUCACACCUUUAUUAUCCGGGGGGGAGGUCGUUGCCGUGAAUGAUGUCCAAAUUCAGGGAAGAACAGAGCUGAAAUUUGGCGACUAUUUAUCCUUAGGGGUUUCCGCGACUCCAGAGGAACUGGAAAAUUGGAAGCGCACCUAUCCUAGACUAAUGCCUUUUCCUACUACUGAUGUUGAGGAUGACCUGCCUCCUUGGGCGAAAAUGGAAUUGAAUACUUUUGAGAGGACUCAUCGCCUCGUUUUGGUAUUCCAGAGGAGAGAAUAUGACUUUGAUUCUUUCUGGAAGACGGAGCUGGAGCAAAGAAAGAAAGAAAAGAAAACGAGCAAGAACGAAAGCAAUGUUGACCUGAAUUUGGAACAUGUCGAGGAGAAGAAAGAAGCGAGAUUUAUUCCACAGUUGAACGAAUUGGUGGUAUCCCACAUUCUGUCAUAUCUUCCGUUCGAUGAUCUUAAAAAUGUGCGUUUCCUCUCAAACGUUUGGAAUCAAGAAGCUCUCCGCCUCAUUAAGAAGAAGGGUUGCGUGCGAUUCGAAUUUUCACCCGGUCACAAGAAACUGGACGAUUCCACAAAACUUUUCCGCUACAAUCACGAAAUGCAGGAAAAUCCAAUCCCCCACUGGCGAAUUGCAAUCCCUUCGAUCGGCUUGGAAACUUAUCAGCAUGAGAUCCGCCCAGCCCAGGGAGAAAAAGUCAUCGCAGGUCUCCAUUGGUUCCUAGGAUUGAAGACGCACAACGUUACAUCGUUAGAUUUUGCGGGAACGAUUGCAUCCAAAUCAGACUACGAUGCACAAAUCAGAGUUUUGGAGAUGUGCCCAACACAAACUAUUGAAAAUUUCGAAUUAGGCUGGACUUGGAUUCAGGAUGAAGCAUCUGGACGAGGGUAUACAUUUCCUAGGAGCAUUAAAUUCACCAACUUGAAAACGUUCGGUCUCUCGAUGGAUGUUGGGAGUUAUGACAUUGAAGGCGACGGAGAUCACAGUGAGGACUGUUCUUCCCUGUCCUCUUGGUUGACCCCACUGCUUUAUGCCGUCAAAGGAGUACGCGUCCUCAUUCUGAACUGUACUUUCUCCCCACUUUUGGACACAUUCUAUGACCGAGCUAAGCCAUUCCGGAAUUUGGAAGAGAUUACCAUUCAGCGAAACAUUACUCCGGAAGGGCUCAAGUUUCUGAAUAAAUUGAAGAAUCCUUUAAGAAAAAUGAAUCUUGGGAGAUUUGAAUAUUGGAAAAAAGUGCAAUACCUCGCUUUUGGGCGACUCCUUCGGAAACAUUCCCAGACUUUGACCUCACUGCAGAUUACGCUUGGAAAUUGUGUAAAGAACGAUACGAUUCUUAACCUGCCCAUUUUUCCAUCGCUCAAAGAACUCUACGUGGACAAAGAUUCUUGGGUCGAGGAAAAUGAAACGUUUGCACUCAAGGUGUCGUUCGAUGGGGAUGAUGACAUCGCAUACGCCAAGCAUUUUCCUCGCCUGGAAACCUUGAAGUUGGGAGGGAACGAUAAUGGUUGGGGGAGGAAUGUUAACGAAAAUAAUGCUCUUUUCGAUACAUUUUUGCCUUUCGGAUUUAGCGAUGCAGGAUCUCAAGUUUACAAAACUUUGCGACAUCUCGACCUUCCGACUGAAGCAACUUUGGAAUCGGGCCAGCUUUAUGCCAGGGCGGACGAAAUUGCAAAAAUGUUCCCGAAUGUUCACAACCCUUGGAUCAAUAAGGCUCGAGAAUCAUCGGAGAAUCUGACGGAGCAAGUUUCUUCAAAUUAAAUUAACAUAUAUUGAUGGACCGAUUAUUUAUGGACACGGAUUUUUGGACAUGGACGGAGUCGACUCGACACAUGAUUUUUAUAAUUAUUUAUUUAUUGUAUGAUUUUCAUAUUUCAAGGUGUCUUUUUUUGCAAGUUUUCCAUCAAUUUUAAUUUUCUCAGAAAGAUCUGAUUUUGUUACUCUUUUUUUGAUUUUUGUGACUUACAUUACAUAUGUGAUUGUCAACGUAUGCCUUCUUGAUAUACAUAUUCAUGUAUGCCUUGCCCAUUUUGGAAAUUAAAUUGUUCAUUUAAACAAUGUCAAUUGUUACGAA